UCUGGUCACUCUCAGCAAUAUCCUUUUUGUAGUGAGGUGACCAGAACUGAACACAAUAUUCUAGAUGAGGUCUUACUAAUGCAUUGUAAAAUUUUAGCAUUAUUCCCUUGAUUUAAAUUCAACACAUGAACACAGUGGAAGAAACAGCUAACAAAACAAAAGCUGGCCAAACAGCAGGUGAGUUCUGCUCCCAGUAGAAUGGGUCCCGCUCCAGGAAUCCUCUCCCUGACACACACUGAAUCCACUAAAAUCUCCUAAAUUAAAUCCCUUUGCUAAAGGGCAAGGAUCCCGGUUAAACACACGGUGGUCCUUGGUUGCGCUCACGACCGCGGUUAAACACAUGGUGGCCGCGUAUUUGGUUUACUGACCCUGGAUCUACCCGCCGUCAUGUCUAAAUGGCUUUCAAUCAUGACAGAUUUGGUUAUGCAAAUGUGUCGUAUUCUGUAAUACAUAAAGCUAGCACCGCCUUGUUUCAGCUUUAGUCUUAAUGGACAGAACACUGCAGAUAUCCAUCCUACAUCCCUAUUAGGUGGUAAUCACUUUCUGCAAGUCAGUUCAAUUCAAGUUCUAGUUUCUCUUCACCCCUGUUUAUGCAGUGUUUUAAUGCUUUGUUUUAAAAUGUAAGAAACGUUUAAAGCAUACUUUCAAAAAAGGGAGGGAAGUGCAAGGCUUUACAGAAACUGAAAACAAGCUAUGCUGAAGGGAAAUCAAAUAAAUGAUAUAGGACAGAUCCACAACAGUGUUUCAGCCAAGGAAAGCAAGCUUUUCAUUUCAGCAUAGCUUUGUUUGCAGUUUCUAUAAAGCCUUCACUUCCCUCCCAUCUGACAGUAUUUGCCAACAGACAGGUGAUACUGUAGGUGUGUCUUCAGUUUAAAAGGGUGAAUGUAGUGUGGGCAAGAAAGCUAUCGUUAUGUAUUGGGAGGAGCUUAUCUUUGAGUUUCAUGCACAAUACUGCUCUGUACUUCCUGAUUCACAAUGCUAGAGGUGCAGCUUGUUAAACUAGGGUUAUUUUCCAGUGACUGAAAACAGAAACUUCAAGACUUAAUAGUUCUAUUAUUAUUCAAAUCCCUUCAAUCCUUUCUAUCUAUCGUCUAUGGUCACUCCUUUGGUUGGCUUUACUGCUCCAUCUUCCUUCAGCUGAUAAAAGCAGCAAUGUUCAAGUGGUGGAUCCUGAUGCUCCUUCAUCCCUGUGUACUUCGAGCAGAACCUGAAUGUAAGCAUUUCACAGCGUUGGACUUUCACAAUUCCUUUAUUGGGACAAAACUGGACGUUAAGCUGUUGCUCUACACAAAUGAAACCAUAAACUGUGGAAAUCAUCUGGAUCACACAAAUUUCAAAGGUUCUAAUUUGCUGAAUGUGAAAAGAAAAACCACCUUUGUAAUCCAUGGAUACAGGCCAUCAGGAUCCCCCCCAGUGUGGAUAGACACAAUAGUACAGCUUUUGUUAUCUGCUGAAGAUAUGAACGUGAUUAUAGUUGACUGGAACAGAGGAGCUGCUACCAUCUUAUAUCCGAAAGCAGCAGAAAACACAAAGAGAGUGGCACAAAUCCUAACCUUGUUUAUUAAACAGAUGAUAGAAAUGGGCAGUUCACUCAGCUCUUUCCAUUUGAUAGGGAUCAGUCUUGGAGCUCACAUAUCUGGGUUUGUUGGGAACAUGCUGGGUGGCAAAAUUGGAAGAAUCACUGGCCUUGACCCUGCAGGCCCAAUGUUUACUGGUAAACCACCUGCAGAGAGACUUGACCCCACUGAUGCAGAGUUUGUGGAUGUCUUACAUACCGAUAUUGAUGCUUUAGGUUUCAGAGAACCGCUAGGACACAUAGAUUUCUAUGCCAACGGAGGAACAGACCAACCUGGCUGCCCCAAAACCAUAUUUUCUGGAAAACAAUACUUUGUGUGUGACCAUCAGAGAUCCGUAUUCCUAUUCCUCUGCUCUUUAAAUAAGACCUGUGAAAUAACGGCUUACCCCUGCUCAUCAUACCAAAAAUUUCUGGAUGGUAAAUGCACUGAAUGUGACGCUUUUCUUCCAGCACCUUGUCCUGUAUUAGGUUUUUACAUAUACAAAUGGAAAGAUGCUCUUGUUAAACUUGAACAAACAAAAGCAUAUUUUUCUACAACAGCAGAUCCUCCAUUUUGUAAGUACAAUUACCUUCUGGAUAUUAUUACAUGGAACAAAAGCACACGCUGGGGAUACAUUACAAUAAAAUUGAUGAACGGAAAAAACGUGACAGAAUCAAAAUUAGAUCACAAAGCGUCGAAAUUUGAACAGUACACAGAAACACAGUUGCUAACACAGUUUGAUAAGGAUGUGGAGAAUGUCCAAAAGAUCUCAGUUAAAUUCUCCACAGGAAAUGUGAUUGGCCCCAGAUAUAAACUGAGAGUUAUACGGAUGAGACUGAAGCCAUUGGAUAACAAAAACAGACCACACUUGUGUAGAUAUGAUCUGAUUAUGGAGGAAAAUACUGAAGUGACAUUCCGGCCAAUCAUUUGCCAGGACAUUGAAAUGUAAUAUGAAAGCUAUAGUGAUGUUAAAACAAAAUCUGGAUUAUGGAUUUUAUAAAAUAGCCUAUCUGUAAUUCUUUUGUAAAAAGAAAAUUCAAUAAUAUUGGUAUUAUUUUUGUAAAGCAGAGUAUAAACAUCUUCCUUUUUUUCCCCUGUAAAUAUACAUUUCUAGCUUUCGAAUUUAUUUUAAAUGUUCUUUUUUAUUCCUAAUUUCUAAACACUGUGCAAACAAUUUUCCAUACAUAUUAAAUAGGUUAUUUCUGUUUGUUUUUUGUGUUCAUGUUUUCUUGUGCCUCAAAACUGUGUUUAUCAAAAUAAAAAUUGUUAAGAUAACAGAUGUACUACAUAUGACAAUUCCUCUCAACACUUGUGCAGUGCUUGACAUUAUCUACAAGUUAUUGUGUAAAACUUCUGAAUUUAAAUUAUGAAUGCAAAUAUGAAUGUGAAAAAAAACAAUUUCAAAUUUAUUUCAGUUUGCAGUUUUCUUUUCAGUUUUCAUAAUUUGUUUUACAGAAUAGUUUGUAAUGUUAUUUUUAAAAAAAUGUAGUAAUAUCAAUGUGAGUUAGUGCAUUUUGUACUGAAGGUGUAUGGGGUCUCAGAGUAUAACAUAAGCUUCCAAAAGUAUUGACAUGUCUCAAAAAAAGUAAAUUCAAUUCCAACUGUAAUAAAAAAUAAGUACAAAUAAAAAAAAAAUAAUAA